UUAUCGUGGAGCUUACAGUCUAACUUUGAUACUUGGCAAGCACAUAUGUAGUUCUGGGUUUUAUUCUUAUUUUGAUGUUCGAUUAUUGCCAACACAACGCCGAAACAGAAACAGAUUUCGAAAGGUACAGCUUCAAAAAUUGUUAAUCGCACUCAAAUCCUACCCGUUCAACAAUGGGGAACGUGAUGGCGUCAACCGCAGGCGUGGACUCCUCCCGUGGUCGCGGCAACGUGUCCGCAGGCUUGCGCUUGCCGGACGCCCCCACCCCUCCUCCCGCCGGAAUGCCGCAGCAGCUGGUGCAGGAGAUGGAGACGGAGGCCCGCAAAACGGAGCUGACCAAUCCCGGAACAGUGGAGGAGCUGCACAGCCGCUGCCGCGACAUCCAGGCGAACACCUUCGAGGGCGCCAAGAUCAUGCUCAACAAGGGACUGAGCAACCACUUCCAGGUGACGCACACCAUCAACAUGAACGCGGCGGCGGCCAGUGGCUACCGCUUCGGAGCCACCUACGUAGGCACCAAGCAGUUCGGCCCGAACGAGGCGUUCCCCGUCCUCCUGGGGGAGAUCGAUCCGAUGGGCAACAUGAACGCCAACGUGAUCCACCAGUUCACUCCUCGUCUGAGGUGCAAGUUCGCCGCGCAGUUCCAGGACUCGAAGCUGGUGGCCACCCAGCUGACGGGCGACUACCGCGGCAAGGACUACACCUUGUCCCUGACGAUGGGCAACCCGGGCAUCCUGACGGGCUCCGGCGUGAUUGUGUGCCAGUACCUGCAGGCGGUCACCCAGAGACUGGCCCUCGGCUCGGAGCUGGCCUACCAGUACGGACCCAAUGUGCCCGGUCGCCAAGUGGCUGUGCUAUCGGCGGUGGGACGCUACGCCGUCGCGGAUUCCGUGUGGGCGUGCACUCUGGGACCUGGUGGCUUCCACCUCAGCUACUACCAGAAGGCCAGUGACCAGCUGCAGAUCGGAGUCGAGGUGGAGACGAAUCUGCGCCUGCAGGAGUCCACGGCCACGGUGGCCUACCAGGUGGACCUUCCCAAGGCGGACCUGGUCUUCCGCGGCAGCCUCGACUCCAACUGGCACAUUGCCGGCGUCCUAGAGAAGCGGCUGCAGCCGCUGCCCUUCUCGUUGGCCAUCAGCGGUCGCAUGAACCACCUCAAGAACAGCUUCCGGCUGGGAUGCGGCCUCAUGAUCGGUUAACCUGAAAGCUAGCGGGGAUUAGGCACAGCUAGCACCGGUCGUUUCUGUUCUCCUCUUGUGUUUGGGAAAUUGCACUCUGCGGGAGUCACAAGGAAGAAGAAGCAACCAAAGCUAACAUGUUCAGAAACUAAAUUUUGAAAUUACUAAUGUUUUAAUUAUACUAGGUUGCACUCAAUCCCAUUUCUUGGCUUUCCAUGGCUUUUAAAAUUGUAUUGUGAAAUGUCUACAGACAGGAUCAUCAAAUCAAGUUGAAAAACAACUGAAAUAGUGGAGAUGUUAUUAUUCUGUGUAACAUUGAAUUGUAAUUUUUAAAGUUUAAAUUUUGGUAUCAAGGAACAGCAAAUUUGAAAUAAAAUGUUCAGGUUUAAGAAA